AUGGCUCAAGAAGAUUAUGAUGCUUUAAAAUAUCGUAAAUGGAUUAAAUUAAAUCAAUCAUCAAAUAAUAAUGAUAGCAAUAUUUCCAUCAUGACUUAUAAUUUAUUAUCAAGACAUUAUAUAUGGAAACAUGUAUAUGAUCAAAAUAAUCCAAAACAUUUAGAUUGGGCAAAACAUAGAUUUCCUUUAAUUAAUCAAACAAUACGGCAAUUAAAAUGUGAUAUAAUGUGUUUUCAAGAAAUGGAAUAUUAUGUAUAUAAAAGAUUUUGGAGUAAAAAAUUCCCCAAUGAUAAAUUUAAAAGUUUUUAUAUUCAAAAAUCAUCAGCUCAAUUUAUACCAACUGAUCUCACUGAUGGUGUUGGAAUAUUUAUAAAUACUGAAAGAUUUGACAUCUUGGAUGAAAUUAAGAUAAAUUAUGGUCAAGAAAUUUUAAAAAAUCAAAACAAAUAUUCUUUAACUAAUGAUUUAAUAAGUAGAGUAAUUCCUAGAAAUACUGUUGGUUUAAUUUUGAAGUUAUAUGAUAAAAAAUUUAAUAAAAUUUUAUAUGUUUCAAAUACUCAUUUAUAUUGGUCACCUAAAUUUAAUGAUGUAAAAGUUUUACAAACAAAAUUACUACUAAACAAGUUAGAAUCUUCUAGGAAAGAAUUGGAUUCAACUGUGAUAUUCUUGGGUGAUUUGAAUUCAAAUUAUGAUUCAGAUGUUGUAAAAUUGUUGAGAGAUGGACAAUUAGAUUCAACUACUUCAAAAGAAUUCAAGAAUCACAAAUAUGGAUUAAAUAAUGAAUUGAUGGACUCAAAUGGAAUAGUACAGAAUCCAUUCAGCUUACGAGAUGUAUAUGAAACAUUAUUUGAUAAUUGUAAACUACAUUUUACAAGUUUUGUUAGUAGAUUUUCAGAUGUUGUUGAUCAUAUUUUUGUUAGUGAUGAUAUUGAAAUAAGACAAGUUCUUGGUGAAGUUGAUCCUAAUUAUUGCGCUAGUAAGAACGGUAAAGGGUUUCCUGAUGGUCAAUUCCCCUCUGAUCAUAUUCCAUUAGUAGCAGAAAUUAAUUAUAAAUCAAUAUAA